GUCCUUAAGACCUCUUUUUGAAGUAAGAUCUUAAACCCCUUUCAACCAAUAGGAGAAGGAGAGAGGUAAUGAUUAUUAAUCAUUGGGUAACUACUUACCUAAUACGUUAAAGGGUAAGACAUGAAUAUUAAAAAUAUUUAAUGAUAUUAUUAAUUAAAAUGAAAAUGGCGAAAACCCAUACAAACGUUGAGUUAAUUGAGGUUUCGAGAAUUAGUCUCCUCCCAACCCUAAAAUCGUUCAUCCUCCAAAAGUAGUCGUCGUGUCGCCGAAGCCGACGAGACUCUUUCUUCCCGACGUAUGGUAUCGCUGAACCGACAUUGCGUUACCGUCCACCAUUGCGGCUCGUCUCUCCCGUGACGCCUCGUUUGUCGUCGUCGCACAACCACUUCCUUUCAUAAGCGUCGGCAGCCUUCAUCAGUCUUCUGCUUCGCCGGCGUCGAUUUCCCGUCAGCUUCCCGUCCCAUUCCCGCCAUCAUCCUGUCUGACUCCGCCGUCGUCCCGCCGCCAUCCGGCAUCUCCCCAUCCGGUCGUCGCCCCAUCUUGCCGGUCUCCCACUGUCGAGGCGGAGUUUGUUAAUAAUAUUCUUGUUUACGUUGAAAAACGAAGAGAAUUUGUUAAUAAUGAAUUCUUCAUUUGUAGUAAAUUAUGUAAGAAAUGUUAAUAAUGAUAUUGUAUAUUGUUAAUAUUGCCGAGCUGAAAAGUUGAUAAUAGCGUCACUAAAAAUGUUUACAACACAACAAGUGAAUCAAGCUUCAAUCUGAUUGAGAAUGUUAAUAAUAGCGUCACUAGAAAAUGUUAAUAAUGUAAGUGAAAACCUUAAUAUGUACUGUUAAAACAAUGACAUCUCGGUUAAGCUGCUUUAAUAAUUUUGAUGAUCUAAUUAAUAGUGGUAGGUUAAUAAUGUUUACAACACGAUCGGUAAAUUGUGUUUCAAUUUGAUUGAGAAGGUUAAUAAUAGCAUCACGGAAAAAUGUUGAUAAUGUAUGUGAAAAAACUAAUAAUGUAUGUUGAAAAUAUUACUAAUGGACGAAGAAAAGUUAAUAAUAAACUAAGAUUGAUAAUAUUACACGUAAAUUCAAUAGAGAGAUUAAUAAUAACACACGCUUAAUAAUAAGACGAGACAUUAUCAAAUCAUGCACGAUUGAUCACAACACUUCAAAAUAUUAACAGGCAUAUUAGACAACAUUGACAAUUCGAAAAAACGUUGAUUAUUGGGUGGGUAAAAAUAUCACGUUGUGGAGGAGAUUAUCAAGAUAAGACGACUGUAAAGAUGGAGCUUAGGAUGUGACUCUGGACUAUUUCCAGAAGCCCUUUCACGUCUCGCAGAUAGAGUCAUUGUCACAAUCCCUAGACCAUGAUAAUUGUGAAGAGACUGUGAAGUUGGCAUGAAACGACAUCAACGUCAGCCGAGAUCACUGGCAGGUAUCGAGAUCACGAUCGUGAUCCUUGACCGUGAUGUAUGCACUCGGCAGUAUAAAAAGGCAGUAGCUGGGAAAGAGAAAGGGGGAGCUUUGUUUUUUAAGAAAGAGCUUGGUUUUUCCUUUAGGGUUUGACCAAACACCCAAAGGGGAAUGUCUACAGAGAGAAUGAUCUUGAGUGAUCUUGGAGCUUAAUUGGAAAUAUUGUAGUCAAGGAUUCAUGCCUAGAAUAUGACGAAGAAGAAGAUGUUGAGCUAUUUUGUAAUCUCUCUCUCUCUCUCCUCUCUCCUCUCUAUGAACUAGACCUCGUUUCUUAGGUUGUUGAACCAUAGGUCUAGAUUUUGGUUUAAUGUUGAUGUAUGUGACAAAUUCUAUGUUUGAUUGUUCAUUUUAUUUAGAUAAUGAAUGAUUUUCAUGGAUUGCAUGAGUUCUACAUGUCAAUGGAGCUUUUGACCUAGGAGAGAGAUAAUCCCCUUAGAGUCCAUUAUUAGCGUCCUAGGGUCACUUCUACUAUAAGUCGUUCCGUGUAAUCCUCGAUGGAGUAAAUUUGUUCGAUUUCGAUAUAUGAAUCCUUAGGUUGAAUAGAGCAGUGCCAAUUCAUCGCUACGCCGUUCCAGGUCAAUCCCCGAGGGAGUAUAUUGGUUGAGAAAUUGAGUUGAUCGAGCUAGGAUGGUACGCACCAUCAGUCCGAAUGAUGAAACUAGGGGAUUCAAGCUAAGAGAGCUCCAAACUUGUAAUUAGCUAGGAUAGUGGUUAGUUAGGUUAGUUAGAUUAGCUUCUUAAUCACUAUUCUGGGUUGGUUAGAUAAUUUUAUUACUUGCUUACCCUAUACUACACUCGCUCGUUGGUUAAACUUGGCCUUUAAUUGGGUAGUUGUAGUUAGAACGAGCCAAUUUUUGGGCACCGUUGUCGGGGACAUUCUAGGUAAUCGAAAAAAGUAACUUGGCCUUUAUUAAUUUAGCCGUUUUGUUCUUUGUUUUGUGUUUGUUGACCCAUUCUUCGUCUUGAAGGGUGAUUUGUGUUUGUUUGAUUUUAUUUUUGUAUUGUCGUGUUUGUAGGUUGAAUCAUGGAUCCAAAUGAAUUCUACAACAUGUGCUGGUAUCCAUAACCACCCAAAUGGGGGUACUGGAGCUUCAUGGAGUAAUCAAGAGGGUGGAAGCCAAGGAACCUGGUUCUAUGAUCAACCUCCUUUCCAAGAAGAACAACCAUUCUCAUGGGGAUAUCAAGAAGCUUCCCCAUAUAAAGAAGAUUUCCCUCCACAACCCGAGGUGAAAUCCAAGUUCGAGUUGGCCAUUGAGGCUUUCAUGGGGCAUUCCACGAGACCAUGUGCCACUCCACAACCAGAGCCAAAGAGUGAAUUGAAGCUCAUGGUGGACCAAUUUUCCUGGGGCACCGACGAAGGAUGCUCCAAUGUGGAUCUUCCAAUGUCGACCCUAUCGACUCAUCCUUCCUACAGACAUCGGAGGAGAUCCUUCGAAACACAAAGAGGCUAGGAGAGAUUGUUGAGCAAGCAUGUGUGCAACUUGCUCACAAUCGUCUCCUACCAUUUGAAGAGGAGAGGAAGUUGAAGAGGCAAGCCUUGAGAACUUUAGAAGAACACACUUCGCCAUGGAUCUCAAUUCCUCCCUCCUUCCGGUUGACACUAUAAGAAAAAGUGGUGCGAGCUUGUGCAUGCCAUCGCCUCUCACCAUUGGAAGAGCAAGAGGAUGUUGAAGGGACAAUCAAUGAAAACCGUUUAGAGCAAGAGAAACUCACCCCGGAGAGCUCCCGUGGCGAGGAUGACCAGCAAGCUUGCAUUGAUGACUUUCAGACCUUUCUCCUUCCCAAGACCAAGUCACGAGGUCCUUAGUUUUGAGGGUAAAAUACCUCGGGUACCACUAAAGUAUGAGAAUUGGGGGAGCCAUGCCACUAAAGUUAGAAUAGGGCGUCGGGUACCACUAACGUUACUGAAUUGUGCAUCCGUUUAAAUUUCCGUCCAUCUACCGUUAAAAAAGAAUAAAAUAUUAGUUUUUUAUAAAAAAAUUAAAAUAAUAUAAAAAAAAAGAAAAAAAUUAAAAAAAACAAAAACAAAAAUGGGAUAAAAUUCAGUUCUUCUUCCUCGUUCAGGUGAAGAAAAUAUGAGCUCCGACUGUUGGGCGGCCAGUUGGUUUGUUAACCUCCUCGAAACUGUGGUUUCGGAGAUAAGGCCAAAUCCAUUGCUAGUCUCUAAAUUUGGGGACCUUCAUCCCCAAAUUUGGGGGUCAUCCUCAUUUUCUCCUCUUUUCUUCCAAUGCUACAUUCUCUAAAUCUGGGGAUCUUUCUUUUUAGUUAGUUUUUCUUUACUUAAAAACGUACUUAUGAUCAUCUUAAUACAAUUUGUUCAUGUUAGUUUUUGUACAGUUCGUUAUCAUUUUUAAAUACAAAUUUUACGGUAGAAUUUUUUUUAAUUUUGAGACCAAAUUUUUUUUUUUACAAAAAAUGAUUGACCUAAUUUGGGUUUACACCAACACUUGAAAAUUAUUGAUCUAAUUAAAUCCCUAACUAGUCCGUAAUUAAACCCCAAUUAACCCCUAAAAUCUUAAAAAGAAAAAGAAAAGCCACGUGGCGGGCUUUGGGGAGUCUCUAUAUUUGGGGGAAUCCCCAUCCCACCCCCAAAUUUGGGGAUCCUUUAACCGAUCUCCCCCAAAUAUAGAGACUCCUCCAUUUAUAGAGACUCCAUUGGAGCCAACUUUUCCCCAAAUAUAGAGACUCCCCCAUUUAUAGAGGCGCCGCUCCAUUGGAGUUAGCCUAAUUAGGUAGUUGUUACACCAUUGCUGACCUAGAGUAAACAAUGAUUCCAACCUCAUGGUUGUCCCAAACAUUAGGGGUGAAAGCUUGACCCGGAAAACCCACUGACCCGUUCCUAAGGGUCGGGACGGGUCAUUUGUUGACCCUGUAAGGGUCGGGAUGGGUAGGGACAACUUAGGGACGGUCACGUUUUGAUCCUGUGACCCUUAACAACAACAAAUAUCUCACACCACAUUGGACCUUUUUAUAAAAUUUUUAAAGUUUA